AUGCAAUUUGCCCAUCUCCUUCCCAAGGCCAGCCAGGCCAUCCUUAUCCUGGUGGUCUUCUUCCAGCUUGGGACUAACAAUGCUGAGGAAGCUGAACUUAUUGCUAAUCUCAGUCCUGCUUUUCUCUCCAAAAUCAGUCGAAAGCUGAUGAUAAUGAACAUAGAUAUGCCCACAGCAGUCAAAUCAAAUGAAGAAGUAACCCUUAAGCUUAAAGUGAGCACGGAACUGAGAGAAUGCAUGGUGAUCCGGUCUUACCUAACCGCCACCUCUCCGAUGGAUACGCCUUUCAAGUUCAAAUAUGUCGGCUGUCUCUGUGAUGAUUACCCAAGAACCUUCUACUGGGAUGUUGCUUCCAACAGUAUCACGGUAAUCACAGCUUACGUUGACGUGAUUCGUGAACUUGGCAUCUGCCCUGGGAAUAAAGCAGCGGUGCCCAUUGAAGCAAACCGUUUUUACAUGAAGAAAGCCUUUAAUGUAGUUGAUUAUUAG